AUGAGGUUAUGGGUUUUCUCUCAGGAAAGACGGAGCUUGAGCAACUGUCAAGUCUAUUUCGUGUUUCGGAGUCGCGAAGAGAGUAGCGAGAUUCGGAGAUUUCGCCAAUUUCUGCUACUCAUACCAAUUUUAUCUCGUAGCAACUCUUUCUUGUUUGAUAAUGCAUCGAAUAUACAAGGCAUAGAGAGCUUAUCUGGAAUUUUCUUUGUUUCCAGGGUGGGUUUUGUCUACAUUGCUGCUUGCUUAGGAAACAUGGAACCCAACAAAGAAGAUAAUGUUUCAUCAGUUCCUAUAACUCAAAUCACAGCAGCUCCAAUUCUACAAGAUGCAGGCGUCUCUGCCAUACAACCUCCUCCUUUUGCCCCACCAAUGGCACCGAUACCAAUGGUUCCACAUCCUCCACUAGCCCGCCCUCCUCCUCCUUUUAGGCCACCUGUUUCACAAAACGGUGGAGCAAAAACCGCGGACUCAGACUCGGGAUCAGAGGAUGAACAAUAUAUAAUAUCCGAAGGGAGUAAGCAGGCCAGAGAGAGACAAGAAAAGGCACUGCAAGAUUUGCUGUUAAAGCGUCGUGCCGCUGCUAUGGCAGUUCCAACAAAUGACAAAGCUGUUAGGGAUCGCCUUAGACGACUUGGGGAGCCCAUUACUCUAUUUGGAGAACAGGAGAUGGAGAGGAGAUCUAGGUUGGCUGAACUUAUGGCUAGGCUUGAUGGCGAUGACCAGUUGGAUAAACUGUGUAGAGCUCACGAAGAAGAUGCGGCUCCAAAGGAGGAAGCGGAUGAUGAUAUACCUGAAUACCCUUUUUUCACCGAGGGUCCAAAGGAGCUUAGAGAGGCUAGAAUCGAUAUUGCCAAAUUUUCUAUCAAGAGAGCUGCUGUCAGGAUUCAGCGUGCAAAGCGGCGAAGGGAUGAUCCAGAUGAAGAUGUGGAUGCAGAGACUAAGUGGGCUUUAAAGCAUGCUAAAGGCAUGGUCCUUGAUUGCAGUAAUUUUGGGGAUGAUCGUCCUCUUACCGGCUGCUCCUUCUCACGCGAUGGGAAAAUACUUGCCACAUGGUAUAUCUCUCAUCUCUUUCUCACUCAUAUUUUCCACAUCCUGUUUCUUAGGCUUGGAGCUAUCUUUGCUCGUCUCUGUUUAUUGAUUAGAGUAACCUGUAUAUUGCAUUUUACCUGCUUAUUCGCUUCCAUUGAUACAUCAGUAGAGAAGUAUCCUAUAAUAAUCCUGUCCUUGAACACCGAACCUGUUGAAUUUCCUCAGUUUCUUACACGGUUUCACCUGUAUUAG